ACUUGGGGGUCCAGUGACGUUUACAACAAUCGCAAAGAUGGCGAGAUACAUGGUAUGUUGACAUUUACUUGAAUCGCUCCUCGAAACUGGGGGUGUAGGGAGGCCUUUUAAAAAAAUCCGUCAACAUACAUAUUACAUAAUAAUUCAUCAAGUGACGUCAUUGACUGACACUUCGUGAUGCACUCAAUCGGUGCCGGUUUGUCGAGUUCCUCCACGGACGGAGACGACGUCGCGAUCCCGUUGGUUAAACGCGAUCAGAGUUGCCAGGCGAUCGACGAGGGCACCGGGGAACCGUGCGGCGAAACCGAGGGUCUGCGCAUCCUCGACGAGUUUCGUAAAUUGUACGAAGGCCGCAUCGAGAAGAUCGAAAGGGAAACCGGCGGCGAGUCUGAUCGAGUCUCCAUAAAACUGCAGAUAAUGAGCGAUUGGAUUAAGGAUUUGGGAGAGCAAAAUACGAUGCUAGUGCAUACCGUUGAAGAUUUGGAGCAGGCUGCGUGUAAUAGAGUUAAGUUAUUAGAAGAGAAGCUAAAACAAUCGUCUCAAAUAGUUGUAGAUAAUUUAGCAAGAUCGAGUCACUCCGAAAAGGCUUUAAAUACACUUUCAAAUCGUGUCAAUCAAUUGGAGAAGGAUGAGGAAUAUUUGCAACAGAAAAUAGAAUAUCUACAAAAUGACAUUAGAGGAUUGUUAGAAGUAAUUCGUCGUGCACGUCAGCAAAAUGUUUGGAAUCUUGACGGUAUUACAUUCCUCGAGAUUCAACCUGAGGAUAUUCCAAUUCCAGACUGUAUUUGCAGUCAGGAACUGAUAGACACUGAACAUAUAAAAUCCUUGAAUUUACAAGUAGAACAACUUCAAGAAAAUGAGAAAAAAAUGAUCAGAUCUCAAUUAGAAUUAGAAGGAAAAGUAGCAGAGCUCAUGACAGAAUUAUCAGUGAAAGAUGAAACUAUAAAUAAAUAUGUUUCUAGACUUCAGUGUUUUUGCGAGAAGCUCAAGGAACAUGCUAAACAAGCAAAUGAAGUUAUUAGUCAUCCAAUGAUAAAUGAUGAUAUUAGCUUAACACCUGACAUUCUGGAAAGUGUAUUAGAUGUAAAAGAUUCGGAAAACAGAAACUUACGCAGACAACUCCAGGAUGUUGAGGCCAAGCUUAUGGUGUACACUUAUGAAAACAAUAUGGAUACAUCUAAUCUGCAAAUACAACUAGAAGAAAAAUCUAAAAGAAUACAGCAACUGGAGGACAAAGUGGCUCGCCUCGAAAAAGAAGCUGUGGAAACACGGGAUACACUGACGGCGGAAAUCACUGCAUUGGAGAAACAAAAUUAUCACGCGAAUAUAGGGAAUCUUUUGAAGGAUGAAUUAAUCAAAGAGAUGCGUAAAGAACUGAAGGAAACGACUUUAGAGGAUGCGACUUCUCGGAAAGUCCGUAUCGAUACAAAUAGUUUUCCAGAAAAAUGUUCUUUGUCUGCAAUAGAUAUUUCACAUUCUAAGAAGGAUGAAUUUAUAUCAUUUUUGAAUGGUACAAAGGCACAUGUGCAAAAAGAAUGUGAAAUUUUGUUGGAUUUAAAGUUUGAACUAGGGAAAUUUGUAGAAAAAUUAACUGUUGAAGAUAACGAGGUGAAUGAUUGUAUUAUAUCUAACAAUUGUAUGAACAAAAGCAAAUUUUUUGCAAGUGGCAUGUCGGACAAGUUGGUCAAUUGUAUUGAAAUUAUUACCAGAAUGUACUCAGAAAGAGAAAAAGAAAUCACCCUCUUUGAUUGUAUGAUAAAGAAAGAAGAUAAUCAUUGUGUAUGUAUUGAUUCUAAAGAUAUUAAGUCAAAUAUAAAUAAUGCACGACAAUUCAAGUUGAUGGAAGAAUUCAGAGUAUGUACUGUAGAAGCUCAAGCAGCAACAGAAGAUAUUCGUGAAGAGAUAAAUACUGUUAUUUCCACAUUUAAUUCACGACAUCAAAACUAUGAAGAAUUAAGCAAGAUGGUUACUAGCGCACAAACUUCCUUAACAAGAACGCGAGAAGGAUUAAUAGAAGCUGUUGAUAGAUUAGAAUUACAAGAGGAAGAGAGAUUGAGACACAAUGAAAGAAUUGCGAACGGCAAGCUUAAACUGAAAGAUAUAAAAAAUGAAAUUAAUCAGGUUCAAUCAGAGUUAUCCCGUUGUAUUAACGGUAUGCAGACGAAUAUACAGGAAUAUCAUGAAUCCGGAUACACAGAAGCAUGCGUUAGUAAUGAUUUAUUGACUGUUGUAAUGGAAGAGGUUGAGCAGAUUCUCAUUAAUAUGCAAUUAUUUCAAACUCAGGGUGGUUGUACAACGUCAAUACUAAAGGGAUUAAAAAGCCAGCUAAGUACUAUAGAUAGUUCUCUAAAAGAUUUACAGAGAAAAACUGGUGAAGUGCUCUUAAACAACGAAAUUGCAAAAACGACAUUCUGUGAAAGGGAAUGUAGAUUGGCUAAACUCGAAGAAGAGGUUGACUAUGCACAUACAAAAAUGCAAGAUGUAUUGGAAACUUUUCUUUCCACAAAGCAGGAAGAAAAGGAACAAUUUCUUUACUAUACCUUUGACACUCAGGAGGUGAAUGACAUCAUAAAAACGAAAGAAGAGUUACAUAAAUUAAGAAAGGAAUAUGACGAUCUAAAGCUCAAUAUGGUCCAGCAAUCAUGUCAGAUAAAAUAUGAUGAAAAAUUAAAUAAGUGGAAAAAUCAUAUAACUGAUCUAGAAGAUCAAAUUAGAGUGUUGCAACAUGAGAUAAAAUGUAAACAAGAAGCAAAUAGUUUUUUAAAGAAUGGUAUUCAAUCCAUGGAAAAAGAAUUGAGCACUGUACGAACAAAGACAGAAAAUUACAGACAAUGUCACAGCAAAGAUAGUAUUGAAUUAAAAAAGAAGAUAAUAGAGUUAGAAAAUAUUAUCAAAAUGCAAAAAGAAAUAGAGAAUGAUCUUCGAAAAAGUUUAAAUAACGUAACAAAUAUUAAGAAAUCUACAGAAAUCUCAAAUACUUUUCACAUGGAUUGUGGCACAGAAGCAACACUCUUACGCUGUGACUAUCCAUCUAAACAUGAAAAUAUAUCUGACAUGUUUAAAACUGUGCAAGAUGAGGUGCAAUCUGCAAAACUAGCAGUCCAAGAGCUUGAAAGUGAAUUUAAAAAGUCGAUACGCGAAGAAUCAUCUCUCUCUUCUGUUUCGGCAAGAUCUGUUGUGUCAUUGACAGACUCGUUGGGGAAAUGUAAAGAAAAAUUGGACGUUUGUUCCCACGAGUUAAGCAAAUUGAAAAGUGCUAUAUAUUCCAAAGAGAAACUGCUACAAAAUAUGGAAGAAGUCAUACGAAUACAACGAGAUUCCUUAACAAUAAGUCAAACAGAAGUAAAAGAUUUGCAUCAGAAACUGCAAGACAAGAUUGAUAAGCAAAGUCUUACUAUCACGCAAUAUGAGAAAGAGAAGAACGAAUUGCUGAAGCAGAAUGAACUCCAGAUUCAAACUAUCGGGCAUUUACAAAAUGCCGUUGUUGAAGCUAAAAGAAAUUUGGAUCAAAUGGGUCAUAAAACGAUGAGCGAUCUUUGCAAGAAAGAUGAAACUAUUCGUGAAUUAACGAUGGUCAUUGAUGAAACGCAGCAUCAAUAUAAUGAAUGUUUUACAGAGGCAACUAAUCAAGACUUAUUAUUGGAUUUGCAACGAGAUGCUAUUGACAGUCUGCACAAGAGAAUUCAUUGUCUGGAGUAUGAUAAAUGUUUAAUUAUUACUACUUUGCAUACAAUGUAUUCUUCAAUCUUAAGUGUAGUGCAGGAACAAAUACACGAUCAUGUAAAGGAUCUCCGGGAAUUGAAAUGGAAGAUGGAUAAUUUUAUAUGGAUGAAGACGUACUCUAAAUCAUCUAGAGACAAAAAUUGCGAUACUCAAGAUCUGGAAUAUUUUUCGAAUAGGAUUGUAUGUAAAAGGCCACAGCACCUGGAAGGACAUUCAGAUAAAGAUGUGGAAAAUGCCAAUCAAAUACAACAACUAGCUGAAUUACAAAAAGUGAAAGAUACAGAAUGCAAUUUAAGAUGUGAAAAUCAACGGCUUAAGACCGAUUUACAGUGUCGCAAAUCAGAAAUUGACAAUUUGAUGAAACAAAUAGAGCAUGCUAAACAAAAGGAAAAUGAUUAUGAAAAACUUUUAUCAAAGGUAGAAGAAAGAGAAAAAGAGAUUGACAUUUUAAAUGGUACAAUCAUUAAUAAUGAAGAGAUCAUUAAGAAUCAAUCUGAUGAACUUGAAGUACUUCGGAAGAGAUUACUCACGAAGAAUCAAGAGAUGGAAGAAGAUUUAUCUGAAUUAAAUAUAUCGGAACGUGAGAUGUUGAAUACUAUAUGUGAUCGAAUAUAUUCUUUGAAAGUUCUACUUCAGGAGAAAUCGGAUAAUAUGGUUAAAUUGCAAGCUGAUUACGAGUUACUUAAAAAUGAGAAUUCUAUAUUAAAAAGGCAGAACGAUAUUACUGAAACUCGAGCUCAAGAUGAUAUCUUUCAAUUAAAGAAAAAGCUCAAAGAAACACGUAUAAAAUUGCAUCAGACAGAAAAUGACUAUCAGGGAUUGAGUGAAGAUUUCAAUGAAGCUCAAAAACAGUUAAUGUCAUCAAAAAAACGCGAAGCAGAUUCGCAAGAAUCAUUAAUAAAUAUGGAAAAAGAUUAUUGUUCUAAAAUCGAAAAAAUAGAAAAUGAAGCGGCCAGUUUGCGUGACUUGAUGGACAAAUUGAGUAAAGAAUUAGAAGAAACCAAAAAAGAACUUGCGUCGAAAAAUAUUGAGCUUUGCCAAGCGCAAGAUAAAUGCAAAAGUUACACUGAUCAUUUGAGUGUCAUACGUCAAGAUCUCAAGACGGAAAAGGAUGAAUUAACGAAGGCUGAGAAUGUGAAUCGCGACUUGAUUCAACAGUUGCAGGAAUACAUGAACGAAAAUUAUCAUCUUGGUCAACAAAAAAUUUCACUUGAGCAAAAUAAUUCCACUUAUAUAACCGAGUUAAAGGACAUGCGCAAAUCUUUGUUUGAAUUGAAAAAAGAAUGCCAUUUAAAGGAUCAAUCUCUAACAUACAUGUCGGUUGAUUUGACUGAAGCAGCUAUGAGCAGAUCGGAACUCUGUAAGGAAUCUCAAUAUAUAAUUUCAUGCGUCCGUGAUUGCAUGGAACCAAAAAAAUACAAUGAAACUUUGACAAACAAUUUGGAAAAUAAGCAACAACUUUUGAUGCAACUUGUAUUUGAAAAAAAAGCGCUAUUAAGUAAAAUCAAGAAGUUGAAACGAAUUAAUUUAUUGGCACAGAAACUGAAACGAACGCACAGACAAUUAACUAGUAGGAGUAAAAAGGCGCAUAUGAAUGACAUCUCGAUUAAAACACGUCAAAAUGUAAAAACAGAUUUAUACAAGAAAUAUUUCACAGAACCCAUAAAAACUAGUCAAUGUAUGUCAACACGCGGUGACUCUUGGUGGUUUCCUAAAAUGGAAUAUUUAAUAAAUGAGAUGCAGAGAAGUAAUCAAUGGUGGAAUGAUAAUUUUAAUCACGCGACGGAAUCCGAUACUUCAUUGGAAGAGAACCGUGAUUACGGUUAUCAGUCUUCUUCUGCAAGCAAAUGAAGAGAAGAGAGAAAUUUUCUACGUGAUAAAGACUGAUGAAAUAAUAUGCUAAAGAAACACAUCGACGUAUUGUGUGUCGUGAUGGUGUGUGAAAAUUAAUAACGUAAUUUAUAUUUGUGCUGUCUUUUUUUUGCGUGAAAGUUUCUCUCUCUCUCUCUCUCUCUCUCUCUCUCUCUC